GUUUCUAAAUUUUGACAGGUUCUAUAAGAUAUGCAAUCAAAAACAUGAUUUUAACAUGAUUCUCUCAUCAUGUAUUCAAGAAAAGAUAAUUUUCGUCUUUCGUCCAUCGUCCAAAAAUGAUGUGUGUUCCGUUGAAAUCGUCAAUUCUUAAUAUUUUCCCGGUUUCUUGUUAUAACAGGUGUAUAAGAAUUUUUUCAUAUUUUUACAGCUAGUAAAAGUUCGUAAUGUUUUGAAAGGCGACUGGUCAGUUUUUUAUAGAAAAGUAGUUUCUUUAUAAAAAAUGUGUAAGCAAAAAACUUUGAAAAAAUGUAGAACUGAUGUUGAAGAAUCUUUCUGAAAUAUUUUUUGAUGCGAUAAUUUUAAUUAUAAGCUGUGGGAUAUCAUUGAACUUGUCUUAUUUGUCGUAAGUUUUAGUAGACCAAGAAUUUACUUUAGCUUGUUUACCUCUAAAAAUAUACACCACGUGAAAAAAAGAAAUACAAACCUAAUUUAUGUAAUGUAUUGUUUUGGCGCGAAAAUUAUAUAAUUAUCUAAAUAAAACGGCUGAAUGGUUAAAAAACACACACACAAAAAAACACGGAUUAAUUAAUCUGAAUUGAAAGUGAAAAAACAGAACACAGUAAAUAAGAUAUGUUUACUCCUGCGUUGAAAAUGAGAACAAACAAGUGAUAAAUUAAAAUUCCAAAAAUACCUUUUUGCAUGCUCUGUUUGUUCCAUGAAAUUACUGUUGCACGCAUGCUCUGCUGGUCGCAUAUAAAUAAAUAAGUAAAUGAAAGGCGCGAAGUAAUUCAAACUGUUUCAUACAAAAAUUCCCGUUAGGCUGACAAAAUGUUCGUUCGCCAUAGCAACAAUGAGAUUAUCAACAAACAAAAGACUUAAACGGUUCAAUAUAUGCUAAAUUGCCAGUGCUCCUAAGAACUCAUUAUUUAUCCAAAUUCCAAUGUUUUGACGCUUAAAACAAGUCUAACACUAAAUCAUGCUAAUUAUGAGGAGAUAAUUUAACUUUGAAGUCAGCAUUCAUUGAAGAUAAACAUGCAAGAACAUUUAUUUAAUUACGGUUUUAUUGGAUAAACACCAACAUGAAGCUUUACCUUCGAGCUGGUUUGUAUUUAUUAGCGUUAUUGCAUUGUACUGUUAGUCAGGACUUAAUAUCACCUACACAUUCAACAUCCUCCACACCGCUUCCAACGGUAACACCAAGUGGAACAGUAACGCCGGUGCCACAGCCCACCCCAACACCAACAACACAACCCACUCCUGAAGCAAACGCGUGCGAUUCGCAACCAUGUCAAAAUGGAGCAAUCUGCGUCAGUGUGGGAAUUGGAAAGAACUACAUAUGUCAAUGCGCGGACGGAUGGAAAGGAAGAAUUUGUAACCGUAGAUCCAAAAACUAUUUUGUAACCACUCAAGUAUUUAGAGUCAGAGCAGGAAGUCUAGUCGUGAGACCAAAUGCACCUCAACUGAUCAGGGACCAGCUAACCGACCCAACUAGUAGUUUGUUUAAAGAUGCCUGCAGUAGUAUGAAAAAAGUCAUCAUCAGCUCAUUAACAGCCGAUGGUAAAUUUACAAAGCCGAAGGUUAUUUGCCGACGUUUUUUCUUUGCAAGUCUCCACUUUGAUUUUGUUCUUGAACUUGAGACUAAUGUCACUACGGCCACUAUAAAGGAUUCUAUAAUCACUGGAUACAAAAUUAUUGAAAAUAGUACCAGCGAUGGUGCGUUGUUGCCAGAGACUAUCAUAGCGUCUGAUUUCGACGAAUGUAACACUUCAAUUGGUUACUGUGCUAGUACAGCCACAUGUGUGAAUCUAAUUGGUGGCUAUCGCUGUGAGUGUAACUUAGAAGGUUAUGAACUAAUAGCAAAUGGUUCCUGCAGUCGGAUUGUUACUCCAGACAGUGAUAAAAAGGAUAUUAUUCUCAUUGUUAGUAUUGUAUGUGGAGGACUUUUUCUUCUAGUUAUACUGCUGAUAAUUUUGCUGGUUAUUCGGAAAAGAAAAACGGACACGAAUUUUAAUAGCAAUUCUUCUUCAUCUGAUUUUGGCGCCACUAUACAAUUCCGUGGGGCCAGAAUGAUCCAUUAUGGUGUGCACAACUGAAAAAUGCCUUUCUCUAACACUGUCUUGCUAAGACUGAGGUUUUGGUCAUAUGAAAAGGCUGACAUUGUGCCGCGUAAGAGAUAUUACAGCUGUCGUUUUCGAAAUAAUUUAUUUUGGAAUAUGAAAGCAAGGAGACAAGUAGAAGAUUAAAAAAAAGUUCUGUUUUCAUUCUUA